AUGGAUGAAAAAGCUGCAGUGAAGCACACUCUGGUUGUGCCAAAAAAGAAAACAAGUCCUUUGUUAAAGGUGUUGGGAUGGGUUUCAGUAAUUGGACUAGUAGUUUACUUCAACACUUUCAGCACCCCAUUUUUCAAAAUCAAUGAUGGUCCCGAGCUUGAUCCUGAACAGGUUAUUUUAGAUUCACUUAAAGUCAAUUUGGCGCCAGAAUGGUCAAAAAAGUACACAGCUGAACCUCACUUGGCAGGAACCAACUACGGCUUAGUGGAAUGGACAGAGGCAAAAUUUAAAGAAUUUGGUUUUGAGACAACAAUCGAUCCGUAUGAAAUCUUGGUUUCUUACCCAAAGGACCACGACUUGAAAUUGCUUGACUCCAAAGGCGAAGUCGUCUACACAGCCCCAUUGAAAGAAGAUGUCAUUGACGAGGACCCAACAACACACAAUGACACUGUUCCCACAUUUUUGGGUUAUUCAGCUAAUGGAAACGUUACAGGGCAGUACAUCUAUGCCAAUUACGGGACCAGAGAGGAUUUUGAACUAUUGAAAGACAAUGGCGUUGAUGCCAAGGGCAAGAUUGUUGUUGUUCGUUAUGGCAAAAUCUUUCGUGGUUUGAAGGUAAAAUUUGCUCAAGAGUUGGGUGCUGUUGGGGUAUUGAUAUACUCGGAUCCCGGAGAUGAUAAUGGCAUAACUCCUGCCAACGGGUACGAGCAAUACCCCAAGGGACCUGCAAGACAAGAAAGUUCUGUGCAACGUGGAAGUGUCCAAUUCCUUGGAGGAGAAGGCGCUGCACCUGGUGAUCCAACAACCCCAGGAUACCCAUCCAAGCCCGAUGCUGAAAGAAAAGAUCCUCAUGAUAGUAUUGGGAAGAUUCCUGUAUUGCCCAUUUCCUACCGUGAGGUGAAGCCAAUUUUGCGCAAGUUGAAUAAACACGGUGCAAGGAUUGAUGGAUUCAAGGGAGAAUUGGAUGGAUUUGACUACUCCACAGGCCCGUCAAAGUACGAAUUGAACUUGUACAAUGAACAAGACUACAAGAUCACCACAUUGUGGAAUGUGUACGGUGAGAUUAAGGGAGAAAAGCCCAACGAGGUCAUCAUCCUUGGAAACCACAGGGAUGCUUGGAUAAAAGGUGGCGCAGGCGACCCAAAUAGUGGCUCUUCCUCUUUGUUGGAAGUGGCGCGCGCAUUGGGAGAUUUGAAAAGAGCUGGCCACAAGUUCAAGAGAACCAUUGUAUUGCAAAGCUAUGACGGAGAAGAGUACGGAUUGUUGGGAUCUACUGAGCUGGGUGAGUACUUUUCCAAGAAGUAUCAGCGUGAAGUGGUUGCUUAUUUGAACGUGGAUGUUUCUGCUGUUGGAAGCAACUUGCACUUGGAGUCGUCGCCAGUGUUGAAUGACUUGAUUUUUGAAACCACCAAAAAGUUGGAGUACCCAAAGGGAGGCAGCUUGUAUGAGCAUUACGUUAAAAACCACAAGGGAGAACAUAUUCCAACCUUGGGAAGCGGAUCAGACUAUACUGUCUUUUUAGAGCACUUGGGUAUUCCAUCACUUGAUUUCGCCUUCGGUGGUGGCAAAGAUGACGCAAUAUACCAUUACCAUUCAAAUUAUGAUUCCUACCACUGGAUGGAAAAGUUUGGAGAUAAGGGGUUUGUUUAUCACAACUUGGCCGCCAAGUUUUUGGCAUUGUUAGCUUUAGGGUUGAGCGAGAGAGAGGUGAUUCAUUUCAAUCUUAACGAUUAUGCAAGUGGGUUAUUGGAGUACUAUAAAGCAACCAUCCACAACGUGCCAAAGAAAUGGUUCGACAAGAAAGUUGGUGGGCAUGAUAAACAAUUUGAUUUGGAGGAAUACAACUACAUUGAUGAAAUCACUCAAGGUUACUUUUCGUAUCCAAUUUGUAAGCCAAUGCAAUUGGGAUUGACUAACGGAAAAGCACACCAUCCUCACCAUCACCAUAACAAGACUUUAGGCGACUUGAUCCACCAUACUCAUCACCAAUUGAAAUUCCUCGCCAACUCAACUGAAAAGUUUGAUUAUGAAUCAAAGGAAUUACAGAAGCUGCAUGAUUUGUAUGACGAAUUGCCACUUUGGAAAAAGAUCAAGUUACACUUCCAAAUCAAAACCCACAACAAAGGUUUGCAAUACUUUGAACGUAACUUUUUGCACUCAAAGGGAUUGCACAAGAGACCAUGGUUUAAGCAUAUUGUUUUCGCUAGUGGUAGAUACACCGGGUAUGCUGGACAAAACUUGCCAGGAUUGAAUGAAGCUAUUGAAGACGGCGAUUUCGACAGAUUUGUCGAUUGGUUGCAAAUCCUUGAAAGUACAGUUUCCAGAGUUGCCAACAUUUUGUUGCACUGA